UCAACCAAAAAUAUAAAUUAAUGCACUUUAAGAGAGAGAAAAUAAGUAGAUAGCGAAAAUAAGUAGAGAGAGGGAGUAAAUGGAGGCAGGGCGCGAGAGAGAGAGCUGUCUCGUGAACCCAGUAAGUGAAGAAAAAGCUCUUUUCUUUCCUGUACUCUCUUCUUCUUCUUCUUUCUUCGUCCACAUACUCUCUUUACUCUCCAUACCUUCUCUGUAAAAACCUUGCUUUCUCCCUAAAGCAAUUCCGUUUCUAACUCUAACAUUCACAUUCAUUCUUUCCUUACCUUUUGAAUCACGGGAUCCCCAUCAAUUCUUUUUCUCUUUUCCGUUUCUAUCCCUUUUCAUGUAUUCUUUAAAGUUUCAAUCUGUCUCUCUCCAUUGUUGCUUCACAUUGAUGAGAUACACUGAGGGAAACUGAAAAAAGAACCCAACCGGAGAGGGAAAAGUGUAUACACAGAGGAUUGUAUAGAGGAGAGUGAGUGUGGGAGUGUGUGAAAAUGUCGCAUCAGGGGAAAUCUACGUCGGAGCUACGGUUACAAGCGCUGUCGGAUCGGUUAAGGAAUACGCUAAGUUACGAUGAAGAGGAUAACGGUGUCAACGUUAAUAAGCCGGACUUUCGGGAACUCGAUCUGGGAUCGCCUGUUUCGCCGCUGCGGCAUCGGGCUUGUAGAGUCAGUGCCUCCACCGCCACUACACCCAGCAGCAGUUCCAGUUCCUCUGGAUCGGUGUCUGGCCGGAGCACUGCCGGGGUCCACUCGAAUCCACCUAGGAAAUCCAAUUCCAACAGUCACUCAGGUGAGCUUUCGAGUUGUUCCGUGGGAAGUUCCCCAUCGGCGGUGCGUAACUCCAAUCCUGGUAAUACUCGCACCGCUUCGGGCGGUACUCACCAGUUAAUUUACUCCAGUGGUGGCUCUGUCAACUCUCCAGCGGUCAAUGUGCUCCCCAACGGGAACAUUUGCCCUUCCGGCAGGGUCUUAAAGACCGGCAUGGCCAGUAGGCCAACUAAGACAGACGUUUUGGGGUCUGGGACGGGCAAUUACGGCCAUGGCAGCAUAAUGCGGGGUGGUCCUUCAUCAAAGCCCAGCGUCACAAAGGACAGCCGACCCAUAAAUUACUCGAGAGGAUUAAUAGUUGGUGGAGAGUCAGUGAAGAGAACGGGAACAUAUAAUAAUGAUGAUGCAGAGGAGUUGAAAAAAAGGGGGAAUGAGAAUUACAGGAAGGGAAAUUUUGCAGAGGCUUUAGCCUUUUACAGUAAAGCAAUUGCCGUAUCCCCAAGCAAUGCCGCUUACCAUUUCAAUCGAGCCGCUACUUUAAUUGGGCUUAGGAGAUUGGCUGAGGCUGUUCGGGAAUGUGAAGAGGCUAUAAAGUUGGAUCCAGGGUACGUGAGGGCGCAUCAUCGUUUAGGAUCUUUGCUUCUUAGUUUAGGACAGGUUGAGAAUGCCAGAAAGCACCUUUGUUACCCAGGGUAUCAGGCAGAUGCAGUCGAGUUGCAGAAGCUGCAAGCAGUUGAGAAGCAUCUAAACAAGUGCACUGAUGCCCGGAGAGUUGGUGACUGGAGAAAUACAUUGAGUGAAGUUGAUGCUGCCAUUGCUUCUGGUGCUGAUGCCUCACCACAGCUUUGUGCAUGUAGAGCAGAAGCUCUCUUGAAGCUCCUCCAACUAGACGAUGCUUUUUUAGCAAUCUCGGACAUUCCUAAAUUUGAACUGUCUACUGGGAAGAUUUUCGGGAUGCUUUUUGAAGCAUAUAUAUUCUUUGUUAGAGCCCAAAUUGAGUUGGCAAGAGGGAGGUUUGAAAAUGCACUUACAGAUGUUGAGAAAGCGAGAAAAGUUGACCCACGUAAUGUUGAAAUCUCGGUUAUGCUCAAUAAUGUGAGAUUGGUGGGCCGAGCGCGUGCUCGUGGGAAUGAUCUUUUCAAGUCUGAAAGGUUUACUGAAGCAUGUUCGGCUUAU